CUUGUUCCAUCGAAAUGACCAUCCCGGAGUCGUACCGUCGGAGUCCGGUUCGUGGGCCACGGUUCGAGAAACCACGCCAUCACGUGGAGCACUCGAUUGAUCGGGGUGUGCGCAUCUUCACCGGCGACGAGAAGCAACCGAAGAUGCUGAGCAAUCCGGUGAUCUACGAUGAGGAAGCAAUACGGCGGCAACCGUACCAGGAGAACGAUUGGGAUGACAAUGAGCGCACCCCGAACCGCAGUGCCGAUCGGUCCUGCAACACUCGCUCGGAAGGUGGUGGAGGUGGUGAAGGAGGGUACGAUGUGCGCCGUUCCGUGCUAGAGAAUGCACUCAACGUUGCCUUCCUGGCGGCCAACUCGAACCAGCUGCGUCUGCUGACGACAGCGAACAACGAGCGGCAGGAUACGAUUAGCUAUCAGGCAGUGUUUGGCCUCAUUGUGGUGUCACUGAUACUGCAAAUCCUCAACUGCGUCUCCAUGGUGAUAAUGUCGACGCUUUCCUCGAAUCGUUUUCCGCUGCUGCGCACCUUGGCAUGCCUCGUCGCUACCGUCAUUGCGCUGCUCAAUCUAGCCGUCGUGACGAUGCUCAAUGUGUUGCUCGAGUGAUCCCGUGGCACCGCCAUCAGUUCUAUCCAAGAAUCAGGUUUUGGGUUUGAUGCUGUGAAGCGGCCACGUCUUGUUCCAGUGAUAAGCUUCCGUUGCACUUCCUGUAUGCUGUUUUGAAAAAAGAAUUUUUAAAAAAGAUCACUUUGUUGGUGUUGCCAUAUGUGUUGCUGUUGUGGUAAAGUGUAUAAUAUAGUAAUCCUUUUAA